AUGGCAGAUCCCAUCAAAAUUGUGAUGUGCAUUCUUUGUUGCCCUUAGUGGUUCAGUUACUAUUCAUUUUUGCAUAAUUGUGCUAGAACUUGUGAUAUCACAUCAAAAAUCUUCAAAAGCAUUGGAAGUACACUUUGGAAAGUUCUGUUCGUCCUAUUUAUGGCGUUUUGCGGAUUCGAACUAGUGAAUUGUGUAUUAUGCAUAGUGGGAUGUGUUCAUUGCUUCGGAACUCCAUUUUAGGCUUAUUAAGGAGGCAGCACAUGGGUGGACUCCUUUCAUAAAAUGGUACUCGAACCUAGUUGUGAUUUUGAAGGGAAAAUAAGUGACAUUCUUGGGAAAAUGUUUAAACAUUGAUUAUAAAUAUUGCAAAAAGCAUCAUUAUUAAAAUUU